AUGUUAAAUAGAAAGGUUAUAGGAAAGAUAGCCGCUAAAAUUAAUCCCGGGGGCACUCCUGUUAGUGAAUCUAGAGGGAAGAGGCCUUUAGAAGAUAGUCCCGAACCAGAUGCGAAGAAGGGUCCUGGUUUAGGACCACCGCAAAUGGGCAGACCCCCCCAGGUCGCAUUACCAAUGGGGGGACCAAUAGGCAACGGGCCACCCGGCACCGAGGAUAUGAAGGCUCCAGGACCGGCCCCUGGUGACAAAAUGGGCAUGGGAAUGCGUAAUCCAUUAGGUAUGGGUGGUCCUCCAGGAGGCCAAGGUGGAAGAAAUAGCCUCGAAAUUAUGAUCCCAGGUCCAAAAGUGGGGCUUAUUAUUGGCAAAGGUGGAGAAACUAUUAAACAGCUCCAGGAGAAAAGUGGAGCCAAGAUGGUUGUUAUACAGGAUGGCCCUGCUCAAGAGCUAGAAAAACCUUUGGUUAUUAGCGGGGAUCCUCAGAAAAUAGAGUAUGCAAAGCAAUUGGUUUAUGAUUUAAUUGCAGAAAAGGAAAUGAAGAGUUUCAAUAAUAGAGGGGGAGGUGGUGGUGGACGAGGACGUAAUGAUAAUAGAGCUGGUGGUGAUGGCUACAGCGACUAUGGCGGAGGCGGAGGCGGCGAUUUUGAAGUUUUGGUGCCCAAGGCUGCGGUAGGAGUGGUUAUAGGCAAGGGUGGCGAUAUGAUAAAGAAAAUACAAGCUGAGACUGGUUGCAGGGUGCAGUUCCAACAGGCCAGGGAUGAGGGACCUGGCGAUAGAAGGUGUUCUUUGAAUGGAAACCCUAAACAAGUUGAUCAUGCCCGCCAAAGGAUCGAAGAACUGAUCGACAGCGUGAUGCAGCGUGACGGUGGCCACGACGGUCCCAUGGGCGGUGGCCACGCGGGCGGAAGGGGAGGCCGUGGCGGCGGUAGAGGAGGCCGGGGCGGCGGAAGAGGCGGCGGGCACUUUGGUGGCGACCGCAACGGUGGCGGAGGCGACUACGGCGGCGCGGGAGGCUGGAACGACCGGGGCGGCCCUGGGCCCCAGCAGGAGGUGUCUUUUACAGUGCCGGCUAAUAAGUGUGGCGUCAUUAUCGGACGAGGUGGUGAGACCAUAAAACAAAUAAACCAGCAAUCUGGAGCGUUUUGCGAACUAGACAGAAGAAGUAGUGCCAAUCAGAAUGAGAAAACGUUUACGAUAAAGGGUGAUCCCGACUGUAUAGAAGCUGCUAAAAGAAUAAUUAGCGACAAAAUACAAAUGCCCAUUCAUUUUCUCAAUAUGGGAGGUGCUCCAGCUCCAAUGGCCAACAACAUACCAACAGCCUAUCCUGGUAUGGCGCCGCAAGGUUAUAAUCCACAAGGCUGGGGAGGAAUGCCUAAUUAUCCCCAACAACAAUGGGGCCAGCAGGGCCAAGGGGACGUCUCCGGUCAGAGUAACACAGGUCCGGCGCAAGGACCACCGCAGGGUGGCGCGGGAGGUGGUGCCGGUGUACAAGUCAAUCCUUCGACAGGUCAACCUGAUUAUUCUUUACAAUGGGCAGAAUACUACAGAUCCUUGGGCAUGCACCGCGAGGCCGAGGUAAUCGAACAUCAGGCUAAGGCGAGAACGGGCCCGACGCCGGAGGCCAACGGAGCCGCUCCCCCCGUCCUUCCCCAAGCGGGAACCCAGCCCGGAGGUGGUGCUCAAGCACCUGCCAGUGCGGGAGGGUCGGGUCAACCGGAUUACAGUGCUCAGUGGGCUGAAUAUUACCGAAGCAUCGGUAAAAUGAAGGAGGCGGAAGCUAUCGAGGCACAGAUGAAAAAUAAGACUGGUGGUGCUGCAGCGCCCGCAGCUCCUGUUUCACAAGGCGCUGCACAAGUAGCACCUGGAGGAUAUCAACAACCAUAUGGAGGAUAUCAACAACCAGGUGGUUAUUACGCCGGUCAGCCCCAAGCUCCAGUUCCUGGCGGUGUUGGUCAGCAAAACUACGGGUUUCCGCAAUACGGGUACGGAGGGCAACCGACGUCAGCGCCCCCUAACCCGCCUGAUAACUAACCUUCAAUAUUUUCAGACUUAUUAUAAAUGUGGUCAGCCGUCUAACCUGAGAAUCGACAACGGAAACAUUCAAAUUUCUUUACAUAAGGAAUUUUUUAAGGUCGUCCUAGAUUUACGCAACUUAUUUUAUUCGAUUGGCACGGCGGCAUGAGACAAACUAUAUAUAGGAGAUAAUGCUUGAUUUUUUUUAGGUUAACGUGUAAAUGGACCUGGUCUAGAAACAUUUCAACACUUUCGAUCAACUUUACAGCGUUGAACCGCUAAGUAAAAUUUCAGAUAUAUAAUUUGAUAUUUUUUAUAUAGUAAUCACCAUAAAGCUUGCAACAUUUUUUUUUAUUAUUGAAUUCAUAUACUUAUAAAAGAAUAUACCGCGUGCAUUUUAUCGAAUCGUGGCUCAAAAUUAAAGAAUAUAUAUGUAGGAUAUAGAUACAUUCUAGUCUAGGGCAUGGGUCUUUCUCUGGGUGGGAUGACGAUUUCUUUGUUUGCUCGACUAUUGAGCUCCCUGAUAGGACUGUCUAAGUCAUAUGUUUGAUGGUGAAAAGUUUUAAAUUCAAUAUUAAUCAAAACACAAACGUACACCUAUUAUACCGUAUGAUCGAAAAAAAUGAGGUCCAGUUGGCUGGGAAAUGACGAUCGAUAACAUUUCUCAUAUAAAUUUACAUAUAAAAUGACAGCGAUCUUCAUUUAAUAGCUAUCGCUGACGCCGAUUUUUCUCGAUCAUACGGUACUAGGAAAAACAGCAAUAGUGCUUGCCUGCAAACCUGGCAAGCGAAAAUGUGUGUUUACUAUUUAUUUCUUCAACAAAAUCAUUUGAUAACUUUUUGGAAUUGAGGAUUGAGUGAAGCAGUACAAAAAUAUUUUUUGAGCUUGAGCCUUUUAUAUAUAUGUAUAUAUAUAUGGAUAUUGUCAAUUGAUUUGCAUAAUAAUUUAAAAAAUUUUAUUAAGUAGGGGUAUCCGCAAAGUAUGUACGAUCUAAUGUUAAAUAAAUCAGGCCAACACAGUAAAGUUGACAGAGGGUUGUAUGUCUCAGACGCAGUGUUAGGUUAGUCUAUUCUUCUGUUUAUAUUAUAUUUUUUUAAAUCAGGAAGCAGCACACUCAAUGUUCUUUCUUAAAUAGUUUACUUUUUACGAUUUUAUUGGGAUAUCGCCGCAGUAUUUUUUUUAUAAGGUCUUUUAGGAAUAUUUGUAUAGUUCAUAGUACUUUUGAACUACUAAAAGAGUUGCUGGGGGUAAGCCAGCGAACUCUAGGAGAGAUAUUAUCGAACAAAACAACGAUAGGAAUGUUAUAAAUUGAUUUUUAGAUUCAUUCUUUAAAAUAAAAGAUAUCAGUUCGGUUUUAGUAUGUUGAAUAAACAAUGCAAUUUCUAGUUUUAGAAAAUACCCUUAAAAAUAAAAUACUGCUUACGAUUGAAAAAUUAUCAGAUCAAAAACUAAAUCAUUGAUAGUCUCUGAAACUAAAAGCAAGAAAAAGAAAACGUUACGAUUAUUAAAUGGUCCUCUUUGUUUGAGAGUAUGAAAUUCAUUUAUUUUUUGAUUAUCUGACCGUUAGUCCCAAACCUAUUGUAACAUUUUAAUAUGUAUUUAGGCAGUUCGUCUGUCCAUUUAUGUACGAAGACAAUUAAAUUUACUCUUUAACUCUU